UCUAACGUAAACAUGGAACAGAUCAAGAACGAGCAAGUGGACCUGGAGAAUAUUCCUGUUGAGGAAGUAUUCGAGCAGCUGAAAUGUACAAGGGAUGGUUUGACAUCAGAUGAAGGACAGCAGAGACUUCAGAUCUUUGGCCAAAACAAGCUCGAGGAGAAAAAGGAGAGCAAAGUUCUCAAGUUUUUGGGUUUUAUGUGGAAUCCCCUAUCAUGGGUCAUGGAGUCUGCUGCUAUUAUGGCCAUAGUUUUGGCAAAUGGAGGGGGCAAGCCUCCAGAUUGGCAAGACUUUGUUGGUAUUGUUGUACUGCUUAUUAUCAACUCCACCAUCAGCUUUAUUGAAGAAAAUAAUGCAGGAAAUGCUGCUGCUGCCCUUAUGGCAGGUCUUGCUCCGAAAACCAAGGUGUUGAGAGACGGAAAAUGGAGUGAGCAGGAUGCAUCAAUCUUGGUUCCAGGAGAUUUGAUUAGUGUUAAGUUGGGAGAUAUCAUACCUGCAGAUGCUCGUCUCCUAGAAGGAGACCCGCUCAAGAUUGAUCAAUCAGCCCUAACCGGUGAGUCCUUACCGGUGACAAAGAACCCCGGUGAUGGAGUUUACUCUGGUUCUACCUGUAAGCAGGGUGAGAUUGAGGCCGUGGUUAUCGCCACUGGUGUACACACCUUCUUUGGCAAAGCUGCCCACCUUGUUGACAGCACCAACCAAGUGGGUCACUUCCAAAAGGUGUUGACUGCCAUUGGUAACUUCUGUAUCUGCUCAAUUGGGCUGGGCAUGUUGAUUGAGCUCUUUGUGAUGUAUCUAAUUCAACACAGAAAAUACAGAGAAGGUAUUGACAAUCUGCUUGUGCUUCUAAUUGGAGGGAUCCCAAUUGCCAUGCCAACAGUGUUGUCUGUGACAAUGGCUAUUGGGUCUCACCGAUUGUCGCAGCAAGGUGCCAUCACCAAAAGAAUGACUGCUAUUGAAGAGAUGGCCGGUAUGGAUGUCCUUUGCAGUGACAAGACAGGGACUCUUACCCUCAAUAAGCUCACUGUUGACAAGAACUUGAUUGAGGUGUUCCCGCGAAAUUGUGACAAGGACACUGUUAUCUUGCUUGCUGCUAGGGCUUCUAGGGUUGAAAAUCAGGAUGCUAUUGAUGCUUCAAUAGUUGGGAUGUUGGCUGACCCAAAGGAGGCAAGAGCAGGGAUCACAGAGGUGCAUUUCCUACCCUUCAAUCCAGUGGACAAGCGCACUGCAAUUACCUACGUCGACUCUAAUGGCGAUUGGCAUAGAAGUAGUAAAGGUGCUCCCGAACAAAUAAUUGAAUUAUGUGACCUGAGAGGCGAAGCGCUAAAUAAGGCCCAUGAAGUCAUUGGCAAGUUUGCUGAUAGUGGCCUCCGUUCUUUAGGUGUUGCACGACAGACAAUACCAGAGAAAACGAAGGAGAGCGCUGGUGGGCCAUGGGAAUUUGUGGGUCUGUUGCCCCUAUUUGACCCUCCAAGGCAUGAUAGUGCAGAGACCAUUCGCAGAGCUCUUGAACUUGGUGUCAAUGUUAAGAUGAUCACUGGUGACCAACUUGCCAUUGGAAAAGAAACUGGCCGUAGGCUUGGCAUGGGCACUAACAUGUAUCCAUCAUCCUCCCUUCUCGGUCAGAGCAAGGAUGAAUCAAUUGCUGCCAUUCCUGUCGAAGAGCUUAUUGAGCAGGCUGAUGGCUUUGCCGGUGUCUUCCCUGAGCACAAGUAUGAGAUUGUUAAAAAGCUGCAAGAGAGAAAACACAUAUGUGGAAUGACAGGAGAUGGUGUGAAUGAUGCCCCGGCACUUAAGAGGGCAGACAUUGGCAUUGCAGUGGCAGAUGCAACUGAUGCAGCCAGGGGUGCUUCUGACAUAGUCUUGACAGAGCCAGGACUUAGUGUGAUUGUGAGUGCCGUGUUGACAAGUAGAGCCAUCUUUCAGAGGAUGAAGAACUACACCAUUUACGCUGUUUCAAUCACAAUCCGUAUCGUGCUGGGUUUCUUGUUAAUUGCUCUUAUCUGGAAGUUUGAUUUCUCACCUUUCAUGGUAUUGAUUAUUGCCAUCCUAAAUGAUGGAACUAUCAUGACCAUAUCUAAGGACAGGGUGAAACCAUCUCCCUUGCCUGACUCAUGGAAGCUCAAGGAAAUCUUUGCCACUGGCGUUGUCCUUGGAACCUAUCUUGCUGUUGUGACUGUGAUCUUCUUCUGGCUCGCAGCUGACACCGAAUUCUUUUCAAAAAAUUUUGGGGUUAGGGAUAUUAGGGAGAACAAAGACGAACUUACAGCAGCUCUUUACCUGCAAGUGAGUAUUGUGAGUCAAGCACUCAUCUUCGUCACCAGGUCACGAAGCUGGUCCUUCAUCGAAUUGCCUGGGCUCUUGCUUGUUGCUGCUUUCAUGUUAGCUCAAUUGGUGGCUACACUUAUUGCUGUGUAUGCAAGCUGGUCCUUUGCUCGGAUCCAAGGUGUUGGCUGGGGAUGGGCCGGAGUGAUCUGGAUCUUCAGCAUUGUUACCUACUUCCCUCUUGAUGUCCUCAAGUUCAUCAUCCGUUACGCAUUGAGCGGCAAAGCCUGGGAUAAUAUGAUUGAAAACAAGACUGCUUUCACAACCAAGAAGGAUUAUGGCAAGGGAGAGAGGGAGGCACAAUGGGCCACGGCUCAACGUACAAUUCAUGGUCUUCAGAAUCCGGAAGGCAUGUCGAAUGAUAAGGGCAACUACCAUGAGUUGUCUGAGAUUGCUGAGCAGGCUAAAAAACGCGCUGAAGUUGCCAGGUUAAGGGAACUCCAUACUCUCAAGGGACAUGUCGAAUCAGUGGUGAAGCUGAAGGGACUAGACAUUGAAACCAUCCAACAACACUACACUGUCUAAGCUAAAGGGAUCAGACAAUCAGAACCAUUGAACCAAAAGUGAUAGAAGAGAAAAAAAAAAAAAAAAAAAAUGGACUUCUUUCAAUCAACUAUUAUUUGUCGGCGAAAAAUAGAGGUGGUGGGAAUGUUAGAUGAAACUUUCUUAUAGAUGACAUGAUGUUAGAGAAAAAUGGGUCACAAGGAUGAAAUGGAUUAAUUCCUAAAAGUGUUUCCUAUAUAAAAUAUUACAGACUUCUUUUAUUAUGAAAAUAUAUCGCUUUAUCACAGUAGUAUCUCCCACUUUUCCUGCAAAUUCUUUCAAUUAUGUUGGAGAGUUCUUCGGUUUCAGUUUGGGGUUCUGGAGUGCACAGCAUUUGGUUCGCCCACGUUCUCAACUGACUGAAACUGGAAAAGUGCUGCAUAUGAUGACUGAUGAGGGUUGGGAUAUGUAGGUUGAACUUAGAAAUUUUGUAUAUAUUGAUUUUAGGUAUGUAUAUAAGAUGAUUUUGAAUAUCAAUUAUGGACACCCCUUUGUUCCCAUUUUGUUUUAACUUAAUAAGACUUCUUUGAUCAUGCUAGGUA